AUGGCUGCACCGCCAUCCAUACCGCCUGUGACGAGCAGCGACAGCUUUAACCCAGACUUUGACAGCGCCGCGGGGCCAAAUGAUGAUGCGCCCAUUUCGCCCGUAGACGCACCGGCGCCUGCAUCGCCAGAGCAGCGAGCGCCGCCCCAGGACGCGCAGACGCAGCAGCGCGUGCACGAUGUCCUGCACUCAGAUGUUGGCGUGAUGACACUUUUGAGCCGGCUGAAGGCUAGCAUUGCGAGUGCCCGAGAUUUCGCCAGCUUUCUCAAGCGCCGCGGUGCUAUGGAGGAGGAGCAUGCUGGCAGUUUGAAGAAGCUUAGCCGGUUGACCAUCGAUGGUUUGCGCAAAGCAGAUACGCGUCACGAAUCGUACGCGACCCAGUUCGAACAUGUACUCCACGCGAACGAGCGCAUCGCCGACAACGGUACCCAAUUUGGGCUCGCCCUGCACGCUAUGCACGAAAACCUUCUGCAGCUGACGAACAAGAUGGACGGGAACCGCAAGGCGCUGAAGCAGACAGGUCUGGCGGCAGAAGCAAAGGUGCAGGACGCCGAGAAGCUCGCAGAGAAGGCCAAGGCAAAAUAUGACCAGCUGGCUGAGGAUCUUGACCGCGUCAAAACAGGAGACACAGGCGCUGGCAGAAAGUUUGGACUAAAAGGCCCCAAAUCAGCCGCCCAACACGAAGAGGAUCUCCAACGCAAGCUACAAGCCGCAGAUCAAGACUAUGCGAGCAAGGUUCAGACGGCGCAAGUGUACCGCAAAGAGCUCCUGGCGUCGGCACGCCCACAAGCUGUCUCCGGUCUCUUAGAUCUCAUCAAAGAGACGGACGCAGCGCUGACCAUGGAGAUGCAGAAAUACGCAUCAUUCAACGAGAAGCUGGUCGUCAAUAACGGCCAGGUAGUUAGCCCACAACCACUUAAGGGCAGUACCGUGCAGGCCCCACCAAGCAUGAAUCAACUGAUUUACCAGAUCAACAACGAUAAAGACUUUGACGAUUACAUCAUGAACAAUGCGUCCAAGACCUCUGCAGUCAAAUCUGAGCUGCAAUACGUAAAGCACCCCACUCAGGCUCCUGCACAAUCGUACCCAUCCUUGGCUCCAACCAUAAACAAUGACCGUCGCGCAUCAAUACCUCCACAGAUUCAGCCGCCAGUACCUUUCUCCACUCAGCAAUCAGAGGCAAACAGCUCGUCAUUUCAACAGCAGCCUUCUUCCCAGCAGCUCGAGCCAGAACAUCAAGCCGGCUUUCCUUCGUACCAGGCACCGCCCCAGUCCUCGCAACCUCAGGCACCAACAUAUGGGAAUUCUCCCUACUCUCCAGUUGCGGCAAACUCCUUCACACAGGCCGAGUACCCACGGGGACCCGCAGGUCAAGCAACAGCGCAGCAGACGAGCGGCGUCCUGUACAAUAGUCCACAACCUCCAGUCAAUCCGAUAUUUGGUAUCACGCUCGAGGAUCUGUUCCACCGAGAUGGCUCACCAGUGCCCAUGGUAGUCUACCAGUGCAUUCAGGCCGUGGAUCUCUUUGGAUUAGAGGUAGAGGGUAUCUAUCGCAUACCAGGGACCUCCUCUCAUAUUCAACAGAUGAAGGCCCUAUUCGACAGUGACGCAUCACAGGUAGACUUUCGAAAUCCCGAAGCAUUUCAACACGACGUCAAUAGCGUUGCCGGUCUGUUGAAGCAGUUCUUCAGGGAGCUCCCCGAUCCACUUCUCACAAGAGAAUUCUAUAACAAGUUCAUCGAUGCUGCCCGAGUUGACGAUGACACGAUGCGCCGAGAUUCCAUGCACGCGCUGAUCAAUGCACUCCCUGAUCCCAACUACGCAACCCUUCGUGCAUUAGUGCUGCACCUCCACCGGGUACAACAGUCUUCUGAAAUCAAUCGCAUGAGCACAGCUAAUUUGGGCAUCUGCUGGGCGCCAUCUAUCAUGGGACCACAUAAAGGCAACAACAUGGCUGACGCAGGGCUUCAGGCACGCGUUAUAAUUACCAUUCUAGACAACGUGUUGCAAAUUUUUGACGAAGAUUAG